AUGUCGUUGAAGGACGUGUACCAGAGGUUUCUGAGUGACCCCAGGUCGGCUCCUCUGGCCCCUGACGUCUCGCUGAUCUAUAUCACCUCCACUACCGAAUUCAACGGCGCCGAAGCCGUGCUCAAACACCUCACCAAGCAGCAACACAUUAUCAAGACCAAUUCGCAAACCGUCAUCGAUGCCGUUCAAGGCUCCAAUGCUCUGUCGCUCGAUAUCGAGACUGCUCUUCAGUUUGUCUCUGGAGGCGGAGCGUACCUCCCUAACCUAGACGAGACUUUCCUGCUGGAUCGCGUCGCGAAGUUCCCCACGAUCCAUAUCGUUCGCUUCAAUUCCCAGAAUCAAAUCCAGAGCGUCAGAGUCUACUGGGACCAGGCUUCUCUUCUGAAACAGGUUGAGGUCAUUGGAAACCGCUCUCGCAACUGGCCGGUUCGCGAUGCGGAUAAGCAAACUCGCCUGAUUAGACUGGCAUCAAACUCCGCCCCAGCAGACAACGGCGCACCCCAAGUUAAACCCUCGUCCACCGCCAACAAGGACGAUGUUCCCCAAGCGCCUCCAUCCCCAGGCAAGAAACACAUCAAGGAUCCGUACGCGGCCGACUCGCUAUUCGACCUGAUCUCUCCCAGCAAAGAUGGUGCUGAGCCUGUUCGCCUGCCUCGUGCUCCCGCCUCUGCAAAGCCUCCGCCUCGUGAAUACAAUGAGCUCUUCGUUGGGGAUGAAGAAAAUGACGCGCCUGACGCGACCCCCUCGCGCUCCCGUACGGUCGCCCCCAAGGCUGGCGCAGGGAAGAACUACCGUCCGUCUCGUAUCUUUGAUGCCGAUGAAGUUGAGGAUUUGAAGGAGGCCACCCCCGUCGCUCCCAAGGCCGGCGCGGGUAAGAACUACCGCCCAUCUCGCAUCUUCGAUGACGAUGAGACGGCCGCCCACGAAACCCAUGAACAGAUUGCCUAUCGCGCGAACACGAAACGGUUUGACCACUUUGAAUUAGGUGGCGACAACAGCAGUCGUGAGAUCAAGCCCACCGCCUCGCGUCCGGGCUCUCGCCAUGUCAAUCACUGGGACUUCCAAGAUUUCGAGACUCCCGAAAAGCCCCGGCGUAAGCCACGCGGUCAAGAAGUUCGUCAUUUCGGCUGGAGCGACGACGAGCCCGACCAGGACUCACCACCAGCCAGGCCUCGUGUCGUGCAACCUAGACGGGACGCUGAAACACACUUCCAGUUGACGGACGCCGACGAAGAGCAGAAUGGAGCGCGCAUCAUCCGGUCUUACCAAAACAAGGGACUUGGUCUCUACAAAGACACCUUGUACGCCGAGGCAGAUGAAGGAGAUGCAGAGGAAAGCGCAAGACCCAACAGUGCCGAGGAACGCCCUCUGUCAGUUGUCCAUAAUGGCCCCAACCGCCAGAAAGACUUUGCAAGUCACUGGGACGUCACAGACGAAGAGCAGCCUACCAACGGCGAUGUCAACCACGAGAAUAAGAAGCCACUCGCCACGACAGACCGACUGAAGGCAGUCAAGAUGCUGGAGUCCUCGUGGGACACUUACGAUGAGGCCUCAAAGCAUUGCAAGGCCACUCCCCCUCCACACCGCCGGGCCUUGCGUAAUGUCAACCAAAGAAGUUGGGAAUUCGAUCAGGAAUAA